AUGACGGACUCAACCAUCGCAAGCAACCCUCCGCCGCCCGAUUAUACGCAAGCCGCGGCUGGAAACGUAAGCAAUGCUCUUCGACCUCUGGGUCCUUCGCGAAGGCCCGUGCAACCCCUUGAUCUGCCGAUCCUGAGGCACCUCAACUCCAAGAGAGUAGUACUUGCCUCCGCAUCACCCCGGCGAAGAGCAUUGCUUCAGCAGGUUGGUUUCCGUAAUUUAGAAAUCACCCCUUCGACGAAACCGGAGGAUCUGGACAAGGCGGUUUACGGGCCUUAUGAGUAUGUCGCGGAGACGUCUCGGCGGAAAUGCCUGGACGUGUACCAGACGUGUCUGGAUACGCACUUGAAAUCCAUUCCAGACCCUGACCUCGUUAUUUCUGCCGACACGGUGAUAGUAACACGCGAUGGGCGUAUUCUGGAGAAGCCACGAAGUGAGGCGGAUCACAUCCGAAUGCUCAAGCACAUGCGAGACACAGGAAUGCACCGAGUUCUUACGGCUGUUACUGUAUUGGCACCGCGAGAAGACGCCAGGCAUCCCGGAUAUUGUAUUUUGACACACACUGAGGAGACAAAGGUGUACUUUUUCAGCGAGGCCAACGGCCUUCCGGACGACGUGAUCGAGGCCUAUGUCAAGACCUGUGAAGGUGUGGACAAGGCAGGCGGCUACGCUAUUCAAGGCAUAGGAGGCAUGAUGCUGGCCGAGAGAAUUGAAGGCAGCGUCGACAAUGUCGUAGGGCUACCAGUCAAACGAUGCCUUUCCAUGGCUGAGAAGGUCGUGUUUCGGCAAGAUAUGGAUGAGUUUGACGAGGAAAAUUCGGAAACCGAGGAGCUGUUAUGA